AUGAUUAAUUCAACAUCUAAAGAAUGUCCAUGUCAUCUUAUGCCAACGAUGGACAUUAACGAGGAUACACUAUCAAGCCAGUUUGAUUUUGUAAAAUCUUUACACUGUCUUGUAGAAAAACUAAACAUAAAUAAUUCUAAAUCUACUGUAUGUAUGUCUACCUCAACAACACCAUCACUACAGGUAUCUUCUGAAUCUGCAUUAACUCAAACAGAAGUUAUUCAAGCUGUCGAUGUUGCUACAUCAAUAACAUUUCAAAAUCAAACAAUUGAAGGUAACAAUUCUGAUGAGAAACUGACGUCUACCUGUUUGUCAUCAUCAAGUUCUCCAGAUGAUAUCAAUAAUUCUACUAAUAGUCAUAGUAAUGAAGAUAAUAGUAAUGGAUCAAAUAGUUCAAAUUACUUAACUGUCUCCUCAGAAAAUAAUCAUAAUUCAUUGGGAUUAUCACCACAGAAUACUUCUUAUUCUACAUCGCCUGCAUCUUCUAUCCCAUUACAACAGCAUGGAAAUGGGAAUAAACAGAAAUCAAACAUUUUGAACACAUCGUCUUGUUAUGUUUUAUCUGGUGUCAGUAUGACAUCUACUGAACGUUAUACUAGUUUUGUGCAUUCAAAUUUUGCUCCGAAUGAUAUUGUGAUAUUUGUCCCAGUCCCUGGAUCAAAAGCAAAUACUUCUGCAUCGAACACUUCUUCACUUCCAUUUAGUACUGAGACUAGUCCAACAACAACAACAAGCACCGUUACUCCUACUACUAGUUGUGUUCUAUCACAAGAUAAUUAUACUGUUGUCAAAUCAGACAGUAGUAAAAGUCAAGAAUCAUCAACAAUCUUAACAAAAUCUGAUAUUUGGUCUAUGAGUAAUAGGCUAUCAUCAAAUCUAUUGGAUGCUGUUAUCUCACCAUCAUCUAGCCUAUUAUCAUCAAUGAUUGUUCAAUCAUCAUUACCCCUUUGCUCAUCGAUUUUUAUGAGUAGUGGUGGUGGUGGUGGUGACAGUGGUAGUGGUAGUAGUAACCAGUCUACAACACCAAUGAAUAAUAAUAAUAACAAUACCUUACCAGUAAUGCAUAAAAGCACUUAUCCAAAUAGUACUGUUUUAGCGAAUGAAUUGUAUACAAGUACAUUUAAUGAUACUGUUAUGAAUCAAUCAAAAAAUUUCUAUAAAAAUUUAUCACAAAUAACAAAGACGACAGCUAAUGAAAUAUUAUCACCGAUAUCAAUUUCAUCUCAAGUGCAAUGGCGUAUGCUUUCCUCUGAUGGACAUGUCUACUUUUUACAUCAAGAUGAUUUUAAAGCAUUGAAUAUUGAUGAUCAUACAGAUUAUUGUAAACCAUUGAAUUCAAAUUUACAAGAAACAAAUUCAAUUCAUCCAAGGAGUUCAUCUUUUAAAGAAGCCUUUCCAACUCAUAAUUACUUUAUUGUUGCAAGAUAUCAGAGCAAAGAACGAUGUUUAUCGAAGAAGGCUAAUAAUCGAUUUAAUCUGCCCAAGAAUUUUAUUUUCUAUCGUGUAAGAGCAUGUCCAUUGAAUAGUUCAUCGGAAUCAUCUCCGCUGCCGGUUGUAACAGAAUCAUCUUCACUAUCAUCAGUUAACAAUGAUAAUUAACAUUAUUGGCAGCAAUAUUAAUUCUGUGAUUCUGUAACAAUUUUCUUCUUAUCUCUUGUAAUUAGAUAUAGUUCUAUGAGGAUGUGUAUUGGACCAUAGCUGUGAAGGUUCAUUAUCAUCAUCAUCAUCAAGUUAUUACUUCCCUCCACACUGUAACCUACCUACCUACCUACCUACCUACCAUAUAUGCCUUUCACAUCAUAUGUACAUUGGUGUUAUUUUACAGGAUGAUAAGGAAGUCAGAAAUGAUCAUUUAAUAAGGAAUACGUGUCUUCAAUUAUCUAUGAUACCAUAGUUAAUCAGUCGGUAUUUAGAAAAAAACAAACACACUUACAUCGCGUCUAUUUUAAAACAUUUUUUUCUAUUUGCAAUUGUUGUUUGCGCCAAUCUUUUAUUAACCACUCACUUAUUCCUAAAAUAUACAAAAUGAUGGAGAAAUAUAUUUACAUUUUGAUGUCUAUUCAUGUAUCAUUUAUCUGCAGUUCUGCGCCCGAGUCUUUCUAUGCGUAUGUGUGUGAGUGUCUUCAUAUUGUUCUUACUUCUUCGUCAUCGCACAACACAAACACAUACACAUUCUCUGUCGUCAUCCCUUAAUUUCUUUUGAGUUAGUUUCAUCUGUAUCUGUCUGUUUUCUACUAUACUGUUAUGUUUGUGCGUGUGUGUGUGUGCGUGUGUGUGUGCGUGUGUGUGUGUGCGUGUGUGUGUGUGUGAAUGUAUACGAUAUACCACUACGGAUGCACAGACACAGAUGAAUCGUAGUGUAUGCAGUACAUUCUGUCAUAUAGUCUGUUGUUAGUGUGUUCGUUCCCUCUUUCCCUUCUAAAUUUCUGUAUUACUGGACAUACUUAAUCGUUACUGUCAAAAAUGAUGCUACUCGUGAUAUUCUGUGUUUGUGUGUGUGUGUGUGUGUGUUUUUAUGAUCCCAUCAUCUAUAUAUGACCACCCGACCAAGAAACCUGUCCUGGCAUAGAUACCAUGUUAUGCCUUAUUUUAACUCUUAUCAUUAUUAAUUACUGUACUUUUGGUCUGACUUUCAGCUUAUCAUUAUAGUUUUCAUCUUUUGAGAAGGUAUAUUUUUCGUUCCUUGUCGCUACUCUAUAUAUUAUACCUCUGCCCCCCUCCUCCUCCUUGAGAAGAUUUAUACUUCACAUAUGCACAUAGAGUGAUAUACACACUGUUCUUUUACGCAACUUUUAAUCAGUAUUUCUGUUUCUCUAGGGUUGUCUAUUCUCACAGACAACGGUAUGCUUUAAAGCCCGUAAUUAUUAUCAUUAUUGGAAAGAGAUUUCUUAAUUAUCUGUAUUCAGUCCCCUCUGGUGUAUAAACUAUUAUUAUUGUUAUUAUCAUUGAAACUAUUGAAUAUUUUCAGGAUUGCUUAAGUGUGCUUAUAUAUAUACUGAGUUGUUAAGAUUUUUUGCCUACCUACCUGCCUGCCUAUCUUGUCACCGACAUCAUCCCCCUUCAACACACACACACAUUACACAUAAAUCAAUCACUGUUUCAUCCUCUUUUCUUUAUGAAAUUUCACUUUUACACCAUCAGUAUUCAUUGUUGGCCAUAAGUUAGUAAAUGAGUUACAGAGAGAGAGAGAGGUUUGUUGCACUGUAGAACUGCUUCUUCCAUUCAUAAAUUUCAACCGGUUUACAUUUUCUGUAAGUUUGUAUAUGUUUAUCUAUGUUGGUUAUUUGCUUGAUUGUACCUUCCUCUUUUAAUUUGUCUCUGUUGUAUACAGUGAAUAAACGAACGCACACACACACACACACACACAAAUAAUCAUUUUCACCUUCGUGUAUCUGAUCUGCAUAAACUCAGAAUAUAAUUACAAAAAAUUAUAUUGAUAAUAUGCUGCGUUCCCUUAUAUUUUGUACGUCUGGUUCUCUGUCAACACAUACACUUUCUACGUUUUCACUCUUAUAACACAUUUCUCAUCCAUAAAGAUUAAGAAAACUCGAUUGUUAAUAAUAUAAUAAUAAUGGUAAUAGACUAUUAUUAUUGUUAAUAUUGUUAUUCAUGAAAUAUGGUCUCUGUUGUUUAUUUUUAACCACCAAAAAUUAUACAGUUAUUUAAAAUUU